AUGCAUGACGAUGAAACUGGUAAUGAGACGGGCUUGCAAGACGGCGAACAGGGCGGGACAGAACGAACGCUGCAGAACGGAAAACCCUACGCGGUCUCUGACGAGGCCACCGACUACAGCGUCUUCAAUAAUCCUCCCGACCUCGCGCAGAUGCGCCAGAGAUUUUUUGACUUGGAAGAGCCCAUAGAGCUUGCGGUGGCCGACUUUGACGCCUACUUUCCGUUUGUCGAUAACAUCUGGCGCAAAUUGAGGGCUGCAGAGGCGCAACCAGAAGGCAAUGUGAAGACGGAAUAUUAUGCUUGUAGACUUCGCAGAGGCGCCAACCAGAAGCCUCACGUGCCACGACCUACCCCCGAGGGUAAGCAGACGCGAAAGAAACGAGCGCGCGACGACAAGACCUGUGGCAUGACCAUGAAAGUGGUAUACAAUGGCGGGCCGGUCGAGAGCUGCACCGUUUCGCGGGCGGUGGACAAGUUCCAGAAACACACGCAUGACCUGGAUUACAUCGACUCGACGAAGCGCAACUCGGGCAUCAUGGACACUGCGCGACGUGAAGCCACCAAGGGUUUCCUACCGGCAUCUAUCUUUUGGAAGAUGUGGGAGGAGCCGGAUAAGAUGAUCGCGGCCGGUGGGAAGUUCAUGAAGGUUUCGGACGUUCGCAAUGUGCAGUAUGCUUGGCGGCAACAGAACCCCCAGACGGUAUUAAAGGCGCAUCGCGGUUUCAAUCAGACUCGGGCGCCCCGUCACCGACCGCCAACGCCGCCACAACCCUUUGCGCCGCCCAUGCAGGCUGGACUCUUUGGUCGAUUGGAGCCGGUCAAACAGGCUGUGAUGAGUCCCGAUCGACCGCCGGCGCCGAUGGACACACUACAAUUCCCCCCAACUGCGAGGGCUUUCCUCGAGCCGUACCUACCGGACCCUAAACUCGCCUCAGUUAGGACCCGACCGCAUGUCACUUUGACUUGGGCCAGCAGUCUGGACAGCAGGAUUACGCAAGUGCCCGGCGUUCAAGUCGCCAUCUCCGGCCCUGAGACAAAGGCAAUGACGCAUUAUCUACGAAGUCGACAUGAUGCCGUCGUAGUUGGGGUCACCACCGCCAUCGCAGACGAUCCAGCUUUGAACUGCCGGUUGGCCGACCCUGCCGGAAACGGUGCGCCGCCACCAGUCGAACAACAACCACGUCCGAUCAUCAUCGAUCCUCAUGCUCGGCUUCACAUUCGCCCUGAGAUGAAGAUACUUCGGACCGCCGCCGAGGGACGCGGCAAGGCGCCCUGGGUUGUUGUGGCACCAGGCGCCAUGCUUCAUCCUCUGGCGGUCAGCACGCUUAAAGCUCACGGUGGUGAGUACUUGAUGAUCAACGAUUACCAUCCUCAAGCGGGGGGACUGAGCUGGGCUGGCAUCUUCAACGUGCUCUUCCGGGAAGGUAUCAAGAGUGUUAUGGUGGAAGGAGGCGGUGUCGUUCUCUCCGAAUUGCUCAAGAUUCGACAUGCCUACAUGAUCGACUCGGUUAUCAUGACCAUUUCUCCGACAUUCUUCGGCAAGGCUGGUGUCCCGGUAUCACCUGAUCCCACCUUUGAUGCAGCGGGAAGGCCGAUCGCGACGAGGCUGCGGAACGUCAGAUGGCAGCCGAUGGGUGACUCUGAUGUCGUAAUGUGUGGUCACAUGGCUUUUGACCGACCCAUGAACGGAAUUUUGCCUGGAAUCGAAGAGUUUUCUCGUACGGCAACGGAGACGCCGACUCAGCAACCCAAGCAACAAGCACAACCUCCUCAGGGAAUCCCGCAAGCAUCACCGCAAACGUCCGGGCUGCAGCCCCUACAACAACCUCAAGCACAACAACGCCCGGCCUCAGCAGCUACAACAUCGGCUUCUCCCUCACAGCAACCUUUGCAACGACAACAGUUUGCCUCUCCGUCCACGACCUUGGAUCAAUCGACAACAGACCCAGCAUUACUCCAGCAGGUAGUUCCUAAUACAAGCUGA